CAGAAGAAUACCUUGAAUACGCCGUGCGUAUAUAUAACCCGACACAAACGACCGACCGGAUAAAAUAACCCAACAACCAAAACGGAGGAAGAGACGGAAAUUCAAAAACGCAACUCAUCAUGGCGCUCAUAUCAGUCAAGACCAUUCUUACCUCCCUCUGUCUCUUCCACAUCACCCUAGCCUACUUCUUCUACACGAACCCGCAUGCUAUCGCCGACCAAGCACUCGUUUACGUAUUAGGCGAAGCCAUGGGCAUGCCUCAUACAGCCUCCUUCGCAGCCCCGUCGGGCUCCUCCUCCUUCCUCGCCGUCUCCCUCCUACUCCUCGGAAUAUCCGACCUCCUAACCCUCUCGAUGCCUGAGGAAAUCUGGCUAUUGCACUACUGGGGCGCACAAGCACCCCUCCGCAUAACCCUGUUCGCCUUCCUAUCGCUAUUCUCCUACUUCUCGACGCCUUCCUACGGUCGCUCGGGCACGUCGCAUAUGUCGCAUCCACUCGCGCCCCCUUCGUUCGUAGCUGCGACAGAACCCCCCGGUGGUGACGGUCUGCGGAAUCGCGUAUUUUUCACAUUCGCGUUCCUCGAGUUUAUUAGUUGGUUCUGGGUCUGGGUUACGCUGAAAGAAGAGGCUGCGAAGGUUGUCUUGCGCAAGAGGAGGAGAGGUAGCAGCAGUAUUAACGGGCGAGGCUUUUAGAUGAGUCAUCUGCGUGUUGAUUUGUUAUGCGUCAUAUGGUGUAUUGGCUGGCUAGGACGUAGGAAGAUGAACUUGGUUAUCAGGGAAGGGAGAGGUAUACACUACCCAAAAAA